AGGAUGUGAAAACCCUAGCCUCCAUUGCGCCGCCAUCAAUCUCACCGUCGCCGCUUGUCGCGCUCAAGAUCGGCACCAGGUUCGUCGUGAUCGUUCGCAAUCCUCAUGGUUCGUCGUUCUCGAGGGCCCUCGAUCAUUCGCCAAUGUUUGCUCUCUUGUCCUGUUUGAAGCGUCCCUGGCGUGUUCAAUCUCGCUGCAUCCCGCGAGUGCUGGAGGGCCGCCACGUGCUCGGCAUCGAUGAAACUGGAAGCGGCAAGACCGCCGCUCUCGCCCUCCCGAUCCUCCACCGCCUGUCGGAGCACCUGUUCGGUGUGUUCGCGUUGGUGGUGACGCCCACUAGGGAACUGGCGUUCCAGCUACCAGAGCAGUUCCGCGCCCUCGGUUCCUGCCUCCACCUCCGCAUUGCAGUGGUUGUCGGCGGCAUGGACAUGCUUCAGCAAACCAAGGAGCUUGCUGCCAGGCCCCACGUCGUUAUUGCCACGCCGGGGAAGAUCAAGGCCUUGCUCGAGAAUCCUGAUAUUCCUCUAGUUUUUGCUAGAACUAAGUUCCUUGUCCUGGAUGAAGUAGAUCGAGUUCUUGAUGUCAGUUUUCAGGAGGAAUUGAAAUUUAUCUUUAAGUGCUUACCAGAAAAUCGGCAAAAUCUGUUCUUUUCUGCAACAACCACAAGUAAUCCAAAGUUGUCUGAGCGUUACCAGGAUAGACUGUAUGUCUACGAGGCAUAUGAAGGCCUGAAAACUGUAGAAACACUUAAGCAACAGGCUAUGUUCAUCCCUAAAAAGGUCAAGGAGGUAUAUUUGAUGCAUAUUUUAUCAAAAAUGGAAGAUAUGGACAUCCAAUCUACCAUUGUAUUUAUCUCUACAUGCAGGUAUCUCUCUUAA